UAAAGUCCCUGAAAUGGCGGGCACAGGUUUGGUAGCCGGAGAGGCUGUGGUGGACGCGCUGCCCUAUUUUGAUCAAGGUUAUGAGGCGCCUGGUGUGCGGGAAGCGGCUGCGGCGUUGGUGGAGGAGGAAACUCGAAGAUACCGACCAACAAAGAACUAUCUGAGCUACCUGACAGCCCCUGAUUAUUCUGCUUUUGAGACAGACAUUAUGAGAAACGAAUUUGAAAGACUGGCUGCUCGACAACCAAUUGAAUUGCUAAGUAUGAAACGAUAUGAACUUCCAGCUCCUUCCUCAGGUCAGAAAAAUGAUAUUACUGCAUGGCAAGAAUGUGUAAAUAAUUCUAUGGCCCAGUUAGAACAUCAAGCCGUCCGAAUUGAGAAUCUGGAACUAAUGUCACAGCAUGGAUGCAAUGCAUGGAAAGUAUAUAAUGAAAAUUUAGUUCAUAUGAUUGAACACGCCCAGAAAGAGCUCCAAAAGUUAAGGAAACACAUUCAAGAUUUAAACUGGCAACGAAAGAACAUGCAACUGACAGCUGGGUCUAAAUUGAGAGAAAUGGAGUCUACUUGGGUAUCCCUGGUUAGUAAGAAUUAUGAGAUUGAACGGACUAUUGUACAACUAGAAAAUGAAAUCUAUCAAAUUAAGCAGCAACAUGGCGAGGCAAACAAAGAAAACAUUCGACAAGACUUCUGA